AUGACUACAGCAAAAGUUCAAGCAAUAAUAAGUGUUAAAUCAGAAAAUUUCCAUCAAACAUUUGAAGAAUCUAUACAUGAUUCAUCUACAACAAAUCAAUUAUCUUCUUAUGAAGGACUAAUUGCUGCUAAUGAGCGUUUAAAAGGAAAUAUUUCAAAGAUCUUUACUGAAUUUGUUAAUAAAGCUCGUCUCGAACAAGAAACUAAUGGUGAUAAGAAAAAACGUAAAUUAAAACAUGAUGAUGAUGAGAAGGAAGACGAUGAUGAAGAAGAAGAAGAAGAAGAAGCUGAAGAUGGAGUGGAUGAUGACGAUGAUGCCGAAUUAUCGGACAAUAAUGAAGAAGAACAAAAAUUUUAA